UUCACCCGAACGCGACAACAUAGGGCACACCCCGGACCCUGGCUCUGUAAACAUCAGCUGCGUUAGCUUCUGUUUCUGUGAUUUUGGGAGAUUUUAAAGUUUAUUUUUCAAACGGUAAAGCGCAGUUUAACGCUGGAGGAGGCGGUCGCGCUGCUGGAGCUGUACCUGGUUGUUAUGGUGAUUUCUUUCUCCUGGGCUGUUUAUUUUCUCUUCGUGUCUAAACCAGGAAUAGGGAAGAACUACAGGGUGGACUGAGGAGCUCUUCAGCUGCAGGUCAAUUUACUACUGAUACACACUUAAUCCCAGAGCUGACCCCAGAACUGUUCACACUACACUACUGUCCUCAGGUUUUUGAGAUGGAACAGCUGAGGUAGCUAGUGGUUUCCAGUUUAAAGCUUUAAACAUGGACUUCUCAAAGUUUCUUGCGGAUGAUUUCGAUGUGAAGGAUUGGGUGAAUGGCGCAUUUAAAGUGGCGCAGCAAGAAGCGCCUGGAAGAGCUGAUGCGCAUGCAGCGACUCUCGUCAUGAAGCUUCAGCUGUUUAUUCAAGAAGUUAACAACUCGAUAGAAGAGAGCAGCAUUCAGGCCCUGCAAAACAUGCCACGCGUGUUGAGGGAUAUAGAGGCUCUGAAGCAAGAGGCUUCGUUCCUGAAGGAUCAGAUGACUAUGGUGAAAGAAGACAUCAAAAAGUUUGAACAGGACACACUGCAGUCCAUGCAGGUGCUGGUGGAGAUUGAUCAAGUGAAGUCUAGGAUGCAGUUAGCAGCUGAGGCUCUACAGGAAGCAGAUAAAUGGAGCACGCUUAGCGCAGACAUUGAGGAGACGUUCAAGACACAGGAUGUGGCUGUGAUCAGCAGUAAGUUGGCAGCGAUGCAGAGCAGUCUGGCCAUGCUGGUGGAUACUCCAGACUACAGCGAGAAGUGUGUGCAGCUGGAGGCUCUCAAAAAUAGACUUGAGGCUCUCGCCAGCCCUCAGAUAGUCUCUACUUUUAACACACUCUCUACAGAUCAAGCCAAGCUGUUUGUGCGAGUUUUCACAGAAAUAGACAGAAUGCCUCAGCUAUUGGCUUACUACUAUAAGUGCCACAAGGUGCAGCUGCUGAAUGUGUGGGAGAGUGUGUGUCAGUCUGACGCUCCUCUACAGCAGCAGCUCUCAGAGUUUUAUGACACACUCCUCUCAACUUGGCACACACAGUUACAGUGGACUGGCCAGGUCUUUAAAAACCCCUAUGAGGUGGUGACCGUACUGACGAUCCAAACUCUGGGUGCCAUGGUUCCAUCCAUCCCAGACAGCAUUGCAGCAGCACUAGAAUGCUGCCCUGCUGAGGGCCGUCUGGAGACAAUCCUGGAACUCCAUCAGACAGCUGCCAACUUCAGCCGCAGCCUGGAAACUGCAAUGCAGCCGCACCUCAGUGAGUGUAACCUUUUGAAGGUGUGUGAACUGGUGUCGUGUGUGUGUUCACCAUAUAAAAGUUAUCAGAUGCAGUAUGGAGAACUAGAGGAGACCAACCUACUGAUCCAACUCAGUGCUGUACCACUGGAGCGUGGGGAGGUCUUGGAUUGUGUGCUGGAGCUCACACACUCUGUACAGAAGGUGUUUGGCCUGGCAGCCACUGCUGUGGAUCGCUGUGUAAAACUUACAGAUGGACUGGGAGUGUGUGGCCUCAUCAAAGCUCUUCGUGCACUGUUCAGCAAAUAUGUGUCAGAUUUCUCUGUCACUCUUCAGUCAAUCAGAAAGAAGUAUAAAUUUGAGGAAGCCCCUACCUCUGAAGUGUUCACUGAGGAUUGGACAGCUUUCCAGAAUUCUGUCAGGAUAAUUGCUACCUGUGGGGAGCUUCUCAGACAGUGUGGGGCUUUUGAGCAGCAGCUUUCAAACAAGAUUCUUGGAAAGGCAGGGCGAUUUCUGUGGGAGGGGUUUAACCCAAGAAGUCUGAGCGGUCUGCAAGAGGGUGGAGCUGAGAGACGGGGCCAGAAGAACCCAUGGCAGGAAUAUAAUUACCUGCAGCAGAGCAGCAUGGCGGAGUACAAUAAUCUGCUGGAAACUCUGCACACCCUCAAGGAGAAAGGCACUGGAAACUCCAGCCUGCUGUCUGAGACUCGUGCUGCUCUGACCCGUCUGAACCAGCAGGCCAAUCAGCUCGCCUUUGACUCUGUGUUUCUGCAAAUCAAACACCAGCUCUGCCUCGCCAAUAAGCCAGAGUUUCGGGGUUCUGCUGGUCUGGGUGAAACACUGAAUGAAAACCUACCAACCUUCAGUCUCUCGCCACAGGAGUACAUUACUAACAUUGGGCAGUAUAUCAUGUCUCUUCCACUGCAUUUGGAGCCAUUUGUGACCCAGGAGGACCCAGCACUGGAACUGGCCUUACACACAGGAAAACUACCAUAUCCACCUGAGCAAGGUGAUGAUGUCCCGGAGCUGGAGAACACAGCAGAUUAUUGGCUGGGUUCAAUAGCCAGGGCGACCAUGCAGACAUACUGUGAUGUUAUUCUGCAGAUUCAGGAGCUGAAUCCGCAUUCAACAAAACAACUGGCUACUGAUAUCGAUUACCUAAGCAAUGUAAUGGAUGCACUGGGGCUGCAAACAUCUAGAACUCUCCAGAACAUCACCACUCUUCUCCGGGCCAAACCUGAAGAAUUUCGCCAGACUGCCAAACCCUUGCCCCGCAGACUGUCCUCCACCGUUGCUGCCAUGCGGGGCAUUGAGUACUAAAAAAACAACAGAGAUUUUCUCUUUCAUUUGUUUUUCCUUUUAUUUUUUUCCUGUCUGAACCGUGGCCUCUGCAUGCUUUAUCAGCAAACUCUCUUUCUUAAUUAUACAGAAAUGUCAGCUGACCAAUUUUUUUUUAAGUUGUCUAACAGAUGUGAGUGAUGAGGGGUGAAAUAUAACUGUGCUGAUGGGUGAUGUAAUAUAAUAUCUAUGUGAAAUAAAUUUUAUUUGAGUGAAUCUGUAGAUGCAGUUUGGGAGUUUGUUCAUUUAUGUGGAGAUAAAGCAGGAUCUCUGUGGUUUGGGAACACUAGCUUCUCUACUGUGUCUGUCUCUCUUUGCUCUGCUGUUACUGGAUUUCCUUUUUCAUAUUUAUGAACUAAAUAAACAAACACUUGUUUGUGUUUACAGUGA